GUGGGAGGAGACAAGGCAGCAGUGGAGGAUUGUUGAAUAGUGUCCAGUGCGUUUUGAGGUGUCUGUAUUUUACUGAGGAAGAGUGAGCUCUGUGUGAUCUGGACCAAAGAAGCUUUCUCAGAGAAGUCAUGGAGGAAAACUGUCAGAAUGUGGCCUCUUUGGAGGAUGAUGGUCCCCGCAAGACAUCCAAGGGAGAACCACAACAGCUCCCACUGAAAGGGAAAGAGCAGAGAAGAAACACUGGGAAAAAAUGGAAGAGGAGGAAUGAAUCCUCUACUUCUCAGGAGGCUGAGUCCCAGGACAUCUCCACAGACCAAGGAAAGAUCAUUUGCCCUGUGUGUGGGAAAACAUUCAUUUAUCAAUCACUGUUUGAUAUACACAGGAGAAUCCACAGUGGAGAGAAACCAUAUAAAUGCUUGGAGUGUGAAAGGAGCUUUGCUCAGAGGGUACAGCUUACUGUCCAUCGACGAAUCCACACAGGAGAGAAACCAUAUAAAUGCCUGGAGUGUGGAAAGAGCUUCGUUCAGAGUGCCCAUCUUACUGCCCAUCAACGUAUCCACACGGGGGAGAAACCAUAUAAAUGCCUGGAAUGUGGAAAGAGCUUUACUUGGAGUACAGACCUCACUGCCCAUCGACGAAGCCACACAGGGGAGAAACCAUAUAAAUGCUUGGAGUGUGGAAAGAGCUUUGCUCAGAGUAAACGGCUUAUUGCCCAUCACCGAGUCCACACAGGGGAGAAACCAUAUGCAUGUGUGGAGUGUGGAAAGAGCUUUGCUUGGCAUGCACAGCUUACUGUCCACCAGCAUAUCCACACAGGGGAGAAAUCAUAUAAAAACUUGGAGGUUGGACAGAGUUUCAGUGAAAGCACACAGCUUAUCUCACAUCAAGGAAUCCAUGCAGAGGAAAACCCAUAUAAAUGCUACAAGUGUGGAAAGAGCUUUGGUCAGAGUACACAGCUUACUGUCCAUCGAUUAAUCCACAAAGGGGAAAAACCAUAUUUCUGCUUGGAGUGUGGAAAGAGCUUUGAUUGGGGUCCACAGCUCACUUCCCAUAAACAAAUUCAUACAGGGGAGAAACCAUAUAAAUGCUUGGAGUGUGGGAAGAGCUUUGCUCGGAGUAUACAACUUACUGUCCAUCAGCUAAUCCACACAGGGGAGAAACCCUAUAAAUGCUUGGAGUGUGGGAAGAGCUUUGCUUGGGGUACACAACUUGCUGUCCAUCAACGAAUCCACACAGGGGAGAAACCAUAUUAAUGCUUCCAGUGCGGCCAGAGCUUCAUCAGCAAGCCCGACCUUACCAGGCAUCAUGAAAGUCCAUGCAGGGGAGCAACUACACAUCCCAUCAAAGGAACCAGAGAAGGGGGAAGCCGUAGCAAUGUUCACUCAAUGUCUAGAGUUUUUGUGUUAAAUGAGUCCCAUAUUAUACAGCUAUUGAAUUGGUAUUUGUUGAGGCGUGUCAGAUUCUCAGCUAAAAUUAUUGUAAUACAGUUUAUUUAAAAAUUGGGGGCAUUUGCCUUAUCUGUUUAAAAACCAUUAUUUAUAGGUGUCACCAUCUUUAGGGUUAAGAGAUUUUUCAGAUAUCUCAAGACGGGAGCUUUGACUCUUGAAAGCUGAAAAUCUUCUUGGUCUCUAAGGUGCCACUGGACUUAAAUCCUGCUUAUUUAGAACUAGAGGCUUUGCUCCUGCUUGCUCCACUCACCAUAUUUAUAGUCUGUGUACUGAAUGAGCAGUUCUGCUCCCUGCAAAAAGAGCAGCAGCUAUACUAGAUGAAGGUAUCAACAGCGAUCAUUUCUUAAAUUGUAUCCAAAACUUAAUUUAUAACAAACUUCAUAUGCUGCCUUUCUCCCCAAUUGAGCCCCGAAAUGGCUUACAUUAUUCUCCUCUCCUGUAUUUUAUCCUCUCCACAACCCUGUGAGGUAGGUUAGGCUGUGAGAAUGUGUGCCUGGCCCACAGACAGUGGCAGAGGAGAGAUUCGAAUCUGGAACUCCUAGAGUCUAGUGAGACACUCUGACCAGUACACCACACUGGUUCUAAUACCUCAGCAAUCACCUUAAAUCCCUUUUGUUUUGUAAAUAAGGAGAUACGUUUUACUCCCUCUAUGCUGGCCUUUUCCCCAAAGGGGACGCACACAGCCUUGUUGUUCUGCUGUUCUGCCGUUUCUAAUCACAACACCUCUGUGAGGUGGUUUGGUUGAGUGUGUGUGACUGGCCCAAGGUAAGCCAACAUGCAUGGCAGAGGGUGGAAUGGGUUGCCAGGUCCAGAAUGGGAAAUUCCUGGAGAUUUGGGGGAAGGGGUGGAGCCUAGAAAGGACACUGGCAAGGGGAGGAGCCUCCAAAUGGUAUGAUGCCAUACAACCCACCCACCAAAGCAGCCAUCUUCUCCAGGGAAACUGAUUUCUGUCACCUGGAGAUCAGUUGUAAUUCUGGGAGAUCUCCAGCCACCACCUGGAGGCUGGUGACCCUAAGACAGAUUCGAAUCUGGAUCUCUUUGAUCAUAGUCUCACAUUCUGAUGGCUACACCACAUAGGCUCUUAUAGGUCAGGGAGAUGGUUAAAACCCCUUUGCAUUGUGACAGAGAGGCUAUUUUCCAGCCGCCUUGUCUGUUCUGCUUGCACUUUCCCAGUUUUUCAUGAGUAAACCUUUGCUUCCAUUGAAAAUAGCAGAUGGAUGUUCUUGAGCCCAUCUGUACCAGGAGGUUCUCAUUCCCCUCUUUUUUUUGGCAUUGCAACACCCACUUCGGUGCUGAAGCUGGCGGCCAUCUUUGAAUCUCUGUCCCUUCUGGAAGCUUUCCCGCCUUUUUCUUCCACAGGUGACAAUCUCCCGGCCUCUGUUAGUUACCUGUAGUCAUAUUCUGAUUUCUCCAUUGGUUACAAAAUUAUAUAUGGGAUUAUUGAGAGAAUUUAUAUGCCAGUUCUUUAUUACAGAUAAAGUCGGGAUGGUGUCCACCCCACCCCAUAAGCAGAGGAUCCAUGGCAGAUCACCUGCUUUUCACAGCAUGUCAGGGCCUCCAUAAUCUCUAUAUUCCUUUUUAACAUUUGGGUGAGCCAGCUGUACCCUCAGAACAACAGGGCAGAAAGAAGUUGUAGGUAGGGUAGAACUGGAUCCACAGUACCUGAAGACCAAAUCCUUGCCGUGCACUGAGGUGGGGGACAGAGCUGUUGUUUAGGAAAUGCUCUACAUGCUAGGUCAUUUCUUGCUGGGUAACCUUGGGCCAGUCACACUCCCUCAGCCUACCCUACCUCAUAGGGUUGUUGUGAGGAUAAAAUGGAGAUGAGAAUGGUAUAAGCUGCUUUGGCUCCCUGUUUAAUUCAUUACACCCUGCCUUUUCCCCAGAGGGAAAAUGAAUUAAAUCUAUAAUAAUCUGUCUGGGUUUUCAAAAACCUUGCUUUGUACACAGGCAACUUUCGGUGGGACGCUCAAGAGCAAGAGAGAGAAGAAAACUUUAUUUUAGCUCCUCUUGGGAGUAUAAUUGAUGUAGUAUAUGCUGCAGAAAUGGGGGCAUAGGCUGUCAAUGAUAGGUCAUCCCCUCCCAGUGUCACGGAUAUGGCCAGGAAUAUGUGGGAACAGUUGUUGGUCUUGGCCGAAAAGAUCAAGGAGACAGCUUCUGCAGGCCAGAGGCAGAGAUGGUCUAGCCUUUGAACUAAACAUGCCAAGCAGGGGGUCUAGAGGCCCAGAGGGGUAAGAAACAAAGAAGUACACAAUUACAUGACCUCUUGUAGAUUAGAAACUGUCUAAACGUAUUGGUGGAUGUUAUGUGUUGAGGCCCAGGGGCAGAAGAAUGGACAGAAUGCCCAACUUCACAAAAACAACGAUAUAGUUCAAAGGUGGGGUGCGUUGGAUGAGGGCAAACAGGUAUUCAUACGUAUGAGAAGCUUAGCUAUUGUUGGAAGAUGAUUUUAAAACCUAUAAAAAUGGGAAGCUGAAUUGACUGGGAGCUUCUUUGAAGGGACUCCUUGCUUGUGACCUGCUUAUCUUUGGGUUAGAUAUUUUAUGAACUCAUAAUUGCUCGCCUUUAAUUAUCUAUGUAGCAGUAACAAAUGAUACAGUUUUCUUCUGAGUUAUUUCAUGUUAAAGAUGCAAAUGGUUAUGUUGCAAUAAAGGAUAAAAUGCAAAGGUCCUCUGAUAGCAUUACUUAUGAUCUAGAACCGUAACGAGCUAAAGACAUUGAGGUGUACCUCCUGCUAGGAAUUAAAUGAUUUGACAGUGUAAGCCCGGCCCAGCCAUGUUUAAUAGCUAUUUAAUAGCUACCUGUGAUAUAAA